AUGACCAGGAUAACCAUCGUUGGGCUGAAACCAGAGACGACGUACGAGGUCAAGAUGUCCGCCAUCAACGGCAAAGGCGAAGGCGAGAGCAGCCGUGCCAGCACUUUCAAGACGGAGCCAGUCCAAUAUUCUCUCACACUUGCGUCAUCGGCGCCGCCGGCUAUCGCUGCCACCAGUAUGGCCAUUAAAGGGGAACCAAAUGCUCCAAUACUAGAAGUCCUGCCUGGAAAGAACCUUAACUCUGUUAAAAUCAAGUGGACCAAGCAGGAUGACGGAGGCUCACCUAUCAAACACUACCUGCUGCGAUACAAGGCUAAACACGUUUCCGACUGGAAACCAGAGCAGCGCCUUCCCCCACUCAGCGAUUACGUCACGCUGACCGGCCUGGACUGGAACACAGAUUACGAGAUCCACGUGGUGGCAGUGAACCAGCGGGGCCCGUCUGAGCCGUCCGUCACCUCCUUCAGAACAGCUACAGAGCCCACCACCGUCCCAGACGCCGCGGACGGCGGCUCGGUGCUCGGCACCGGCGCCAUCGUGGGCAUCCUCAUCGUCGUCUUCUUGUUGCUGCUGGUAGCUGUGGAUCUCACCUGCUACUUCCUCAACAAGUGCGGGCUCCUCAUGUGCAUCGCCGUCAACGUGUGCGGGAAGGCCGGCCCCGGCGCCAAGAGCAAGGACAUCGAGGAGGGCCAGGCGGCUUUCUCGAAGGACGAGUCCAAGGAGCCUAUUGUGGAAGUGAGAACAGAGGAAGAAAACACCCCCAACCAGGAGGGAGGGGGUCCCACCGAGCCCAACGAGACCACCCCACUGACGGAACCAGAACCUGCCGCUGCAGAUUCCCUGAACACGGUGGUAAACUUGCUCCCCUCCACUGCUGCUAACUCGGUUACCGAGAGCUUUAGCACGCCGCAGACUAACCCCUCUAGAGAAAACGCCACGUCUUCUCCUACAAACACCGCCGCAGCCCCUUCCAACUCACCUGAAGCCGACCCUGAGUGCAAUGUCGGGCCCCUGGUUGACCUCAGCGACACGCCAAAAGCUGCCCCUGCCUCCAGCCCGCCUGCACUAGAGCCAGUUAGCCCCCCCUGCGCUAAUGCCAAUGGGCCACAGAGUAAGGACUUACAGGUAGACGGGCCGAGCGAGGACGCCAGCAAUUCCCCGUGCUCAGACUCCACCACGGCGGCCCAAAAUGACGGGAAGACUGCGAAGGAUGAUAACACCAAAGCCGAGACGGAGGUGAAGAACGCCACGGCUGAGGUGAAGACGGUUCCCAACGAGGCUCCACAGGCCAACGGCAACGAGAGUAAAGCGUAAUCUCCCCGGGAAGACGGGAACGGGAAGGGGUGGGGGGGGGGAUUGGGAGAGAUCUGGGUGUGGGCUUUACAGGUUAAAAGCAGCGGUGGUCACAGUCACUGAAACUUCGAAACCAUUUCACACACCACCCCACUGCAUUAGGAAAAAAAAAAAGAGCAACUGAGAAGAGAAACUACAAAAA